AUGGCGCAGGACACCUACUGGGGUUCAUUCGAGGAGAUCUCCAAAUACAAUGUCUCACUCAACUACUUCGAGAAGAUGUGGCUGGCCUGGUACUCAUGGAUGGGCAACGACGUUUUGGCCACCGGUAUCAUGUCUUUCGUGAUCCACGAGGUCCUUUACUUCGGGCGAUCGCUGCCAUGGAUUAUCAUCGAUAUGCUCCCUAUGUUCAGGAAGUACAAGAUCCAGCAGGACAAGAUUCCCACCGCCUGGGAGCAGACACAAUGCGCGCUUCUCGUCCUCCUGUCCCACUUCACUGUCGAGCUUCCCCAGAUCUGGUUGUUCCACCCCAUGUGCCAGUACUUCGGCCUCGAGACCAGCGUUCCGUUCCCUCCCCUGUACAAGAUGGCCUACCAGAUCGCUAUCUUCUUCGUUAUGGAGGACGCAUGGCACUACUGGGCCCACCGCGCGAUGCACGCCAGCUCCUACAUCUACAAGAACAUCCACAAGAUCCACCACCAGUACUCCGCUCCCUUCGGUCUGGCUGCUGAGUACGCCUCUCCCAUCGAAGUCAUGGUUCUCGGUUUCGGUACUGUCGGAUGUCCCAUCGUUUGGUGCGCCAUCACUAAGGAUCUCCACAUCCUGACCAUGUACUCCUGGAUCGUUCUCCGCCUGUUCCAGGCCAUCGAUUCGCACAGUGGCUACGAGUUCCCCUGGAGCCUGCACCACUUCCUUCCCUUCUGGGCUGGCGCUGAGCACCACGACGUUCACCACGAGAAGUUCAUUGGCAACUACGCCAGCAGCUUCAGGUGGUGGGACUUCUGCCUCGACACCGAGGCUGGUGCUGAGGCCUCUAAGGCAAGGAGGGAGAAGAAGCUGGCCAGGGCCAAGGCUCUGGCCGCAAGGAAGGCUCAGUAA